UUCAACAAAUCGGCGCCGACCGGAUCAUUUCGCUUAUUAGAAGCGUCUUUAUGUUUAUGUGCUCUCAGCAUUAUUUCACUCUUCACUUCCCUAGCUCCCUCCAACAUUUUCAUCGUAACCCAUCAGAAUGGUCUGAUUUCCUAGUACGUACCUUAGUCAUUCAAUUUUGUUAGCAUUAUAUUUGACUCCCAUGAUAUCUAGCAUUGUCUACUUGCUCCGGGAAAUGGGUUGCCUUUGAAAUACCCUACAGGUCAUGCAAAUCUAGUAAUGGUGAAAUGGCUGAUAGAACAAUGGUGUUCCCAAAUAAAGUUCAGGGCCCGCAAUCGUCUCCUCUGGCCAGACAGAGCUCACUGUAUAAUCUCACAUUUGAUGAGGUCCAAACCCAAUUGGGGAAUGUAGGCAAACCUUUGAAUUGUAUGAAUUUGGAUGAGUUACUGAGGAAUAUCAUAUGGGUUGAAGAAGAAGGGCAGAUAGUGCCAAACCCUUCUUCUUCCUCAUCCUCUGCUUCAUUCUUCCUUGGGAAUCUUAAUUUGAACGGAACUUUGAGUAAGAAGACGGUUGAUGAGAUGUGGAAGGACAUUGUGAAUGAGGUGGACAACCGGUCGAUGAUUCAGAAAAAAUCAACUCUUGGAGAAACAACCCUCGAGGAGUUUUUAGUUCGCGCCGGUGUUGUUAAUUCCCGGCCAAUAAUGGGAAUUGAUCCGAUGGCCGUUAUGGUGUCUCAGCAGACAGAUUCGUUGCAGUUUCAAAUCACAGCCGUCCAGCAGGAACAGCAGAUGGCACCGCUCGAUUCAAAUUUCGAUUUUUCUGAUCAAUCAGUGUACGAGAACCGAGUUGUGGAUAUUGGUUACUCCGACAACCAACUGGGUAUAUCAAUGCCGAUGCCGGCAAUAUCAUCGACGUCUUCAGGUUCUCAGGUGGUGGCUGAUAGGAAGCGCAGACGCUCUGAUGAGAUGAUGGAGAAGACUAUUGAGAGGAGGCAGAAGAGGAUGAUCAAGAACCGUGAGUCAGCUGCCAGGUCAAGGGCAAGGAAGCAGGCUUAUACCAACGAGCUGGAGCAUGAAGUGUUUCACCUAAGGAAAACAAAUAGCUUGCUCAAAAUGCAAAAGGAAAUGGAGAUGCUCUUAUCUUCAAAUCCAACUCCGAUGCCCAAAUACCAAUUGCGACGGACCAGCUCGGGCUCCUUCUAGCAUCUUUUUAUACAUGCAUAUUCUAUUCUUUAUUCUUUAUUUAUUUUUUUCUAUUUAAUUAUCUUGCUUUAUUCCAUUCUGUCAAUCAGCCAUCAAAUUUUGUUUGGAUUGUUGAGAUUUGGUUGACGGUUCAUAAGGACGAACAUCUUGA